GUUGUUUUUUGGGCCAUUACAGGGUUAAAUUAAGUUUUUGUUUCUAUCUAUUGACAGAACUGAGAACGUGACACUGACAGUUUUAAAAAUUUUGCCUUGGUUGGUGUCAAAUUUUUAAUCAAUCCAAUCAAAACAUUGGUUUGUGUUGUGUAUCAUUGAAAUGAUUUGUGAGAGCAUUCAAAUAAAUGGAGCUUUGACUAUGGAUAUAAAUAGAAUAGCCCUUGUUCAGACUAGCAGUUACUAAAUAAAUAUAUGAUUAAUGAUUGUAAGUGUGCUAUUUCAGCGAGAUUGUGUUAGAACAAGAAUGUAAAUACUUUCCGGUACUGGAGUAUUAAAAAUGUACGUGUCUUUUAUACGAAGAUAUAAAAGUAUGAUUUUAGCCGGUAUAUUCUGCUUUUAUUUUGGUUGUGGUAUAACAUUAAGUUUGUUACGCCUCGAAUGUGCCGAUGCCCUUGCUGCUAAAGAUGUGAGUGAUGCUCAAAAGUCUCUGGAUAAGAUUGAAUAUGCUGUACUGAUUUUAAGUGGGCCAGACAAUGAACCUAAGAGAGAUGCAAUAAGAGCCACAUGGAUGAAAUUGUCCAAUAAUAUAUUUGUAGAGAAUGGAGAAAAACUUUACAAAUGGAAUCACACUUGGAUUGAACAACAUUACAGAAAUGAAUUCAUCAAAUUCUAUUUUGUAAUUGGCACCCAAGGUCUGUCUGAAACAAAAUUAACAAGGCUAAACACUGAAAAUAAUAGGAGUAAUGACCUCUUAUUACUAGACAGCUUUGAAGAUAGUUAUAAGAAUCUGGCUGUAAAAAUGUUACAUUCAUUGAAAUGGUUGAGCACCAAUCUGAGUAGGUUAAAAUACCUAAUAAAAUGUGAUGACGAUUCAUUUGUGAGAGUUGAUUUGAUAAUAAAGGAUCUGGAAGCAUAUGCACCUGAGAUGAAUGCUCAUGAACUGAGUGAAUAUGUUACUUACAAGAAGGAUCUCCCCUCAUAUAAAGGUCUGUAUUGGGGCUACUUUGAUGGCAGAGCUCAUGUGUACUUGAAUGGCAAAUGGCAAGAAAAGGACUGGUUCCUGUGUGACAACUACUUACCUUACGCACUGGGCGGUGGCUACGUUAUAUCUCGUAGCAUUGUUGACUAUAUUGGGAAAAAUGCUGACAUUUUGGGCCACUACAAAUCCGAGGAUGUGUCUAUGGGAGUGUGGACAGCCUCUCUGGAUGGCAUGAACAGAGUACAUGACAUAAGGUUUGACACAGAGUGGAAGUCCCGAGGCUGCUCUACCCAAAUGCUGGUCAGACACAAACAACUGCCUGCUGACAUGUUUCAACUGUACAAGACAUUAGUACACUCACAUGGCCUAAAACUUUGUAAGACUGAAAAUAUCUUAAGAAAAUCAUAUUUUUAUAAGUGGGAUGUUUUGCCAAGUAUGUGCUGUAAGUAAUAAGUGAUUGGUUCUAGAAUAUGCUAGAUCAUUCUAGUUUUGGUUGUGUAGUAUUUAGUUUUAUCAAGUCAUAAUUCCAUUAUGGGCACGGUCCCAAUAGUGUUCAACUCUUAUAGGAUAAUAAUUUUCAGUAUUUCAUAUGUUGUGGAAUGUUAGUUAUGUAGUACACAAGCAAAAAUGUGUGAAAUUAUUUUUAGUACUUGCAGCUUCAUAGGUGAAACCUUUUGAAAAUAUCUAUAACUAAACAUUAUGAACAGUGUGAACAAUCUAGUACCUUACAUAUUCCAUUUUGGUAUAAAUGUUUCUAGUCAAUUGUGCAUUAUACCUUGAUACCAAUAAAACACAAUAUUUUCGAACAUUACGAGAAA